AUGGUGCUGUCCGCGUGCGUGCGCGCGUCCGCGCAAACCUUCUGCGCCUCCUACCAAGAGUCGGGCGACCUGAUCAAGUCUCCAUCGCCGCCGCCCAGCCACGACGGCUCGGCGAGCGGCGAGGGCGAGGCGAGCGGCGACGAGCGCGGCUCCCCGGGCGAGCACGUGCGAGCGCGCGCCGCGCACCCCGCCGCCAGCGCCGCCUCGGCCGCCGCGUGUGUGUGUGUGUGUCCGCAGAGCGCGGCGGGCGCGGGCAGCGCGCUGGCGCAGCUGCAGCACCUGCUGCUCACGCAGCACGGCGCGCACUCGCUGCUGCUGCACACGCAGGUGCAGCAGGCCGUGGCGCAGGCGGCGGCGCAACAGCUGCAGCAGCUACAGGCGCGCGCGCAGCCUCCCAGCGAUGCGCGCUCGCCGUCGCCGCGCGGCAGCCCGCCGGGCGCGGCCGCCUUCCUCACGCCGCACACUCCGGGCCCGGGCCGCGCGCGCUCGCCGCACACACACGCGCACACACACGCGCACGCGCACGCGCACGCGCCGCACGCGCCGCUCGCCGGCCACUCGCCGCUGCACGCGCACGCGCACAAGCCGCGCGCGCUCGACCCCGCCGAUGACACGGCCGACCUCGAGGAGUUGGAGCACUUCGCCAAGACCUUCAAGCAGCGCCGCAUCAAGCUCGGCUUCACGCAGGGCGACGUGGGGCUGGCCAUGGGCAAGCUGUACGGCAACGACUUCUCGCAGACCACUAUCUCGCGCUUCGAGGCGCUCAACCUCAGCUUCAAGAACAUGUGCAAGCUCAAGCCGCUGCUGCAGAAGUGGCUGGAGGACGCCGACUCGUCGCUGAGCGGCGGCGGCGCGGCCGGCGGCGGCGGCGCGGCGCUGGCCGAGGCGGUGGGCCGGCGCCGCAAGAAGCGCACCAGCAUCGAGAGCGGCGUGCGCGUCGCGCUCGAGAAGGCCUUCCUGCGCAACCCCAAGCCCACCAGCGAGGAGAUCGCCGCGCUGGCCGACUCGCUGUGCAUGGAGAAGGAGGUGGUGCGCGUGUGGUUCUGCAACCGCCGCCAGAAGGAGAAGCGCAUCAACCCGCCCGCGGGCGACGGCGCGGCGUCGCCGGGCGCGCUGGCGCACCCGCUGCACGCGCACCCGCUGCACGCGCUGCCGCACCACGCGCACGCGCACGCGCACGCGCACGCGCUCGGCGGCGGCGCACACGCGCACGCGCACGCGCACCCGCACGCGCAGCUGCACGCGCUGCAGGCCGCGGCGCUGCAGCCGCUGGCGCUGCUGGCGCGCGCGCCGCGCGACUGA